CGACAAGAAUCACGACAAGCACGACGAAUCGAACAUCUAUUGUCGUUGUCCUUCACUGGCGGUGAUCAGCAGACGGGGCAUUAAGGAAAGAUGCUCAAACCUGUUACUCGCCAGGCAUGGACCUGCUCAAGAUGUCUUAUUCGGCAACACCAGCAGGGCCGAACCUUGGCCACUGCUGCGACAGCUACUGAAACCUUUUUCAGGGACAAUACAACGUCGACACCUCUAGUCUAUCAUGGCACGCCAGGAGCUGCACGCGAUGAUGAAGCAUUACGACAGAUUUUCGACUCGCCCCAGUUCUGGCGCGAAUUCUCAUCCAAGACCCGUUCAGGCAGCUCGGCAGUCCGCCCUGCAGGACUAUUUCAGAACCGUCACCUCAAGAGCCCUGCAGGAUUUCAGCAAUUUGCCGCAAUUACUGUGCGACGCUGCCAGAAGAUUGUCACCAAGGUCAUCUCCGCGUCGACUGUAGAUGAAUACAAGGCGGUCGUGCGGGACUUGGACCGCCUCAGCGACUUUCUCUGCCGGGUCAUUGACCUGUCCGACUUUGUUCGCAAUACACACCCAGACCGGCAGAUCCAGGCCGCCGCAUCCCAAGCCCAUGCGCUCAUGUUUGAAUACAUGAACGUCCUGAACACCACAACAGAGCUGAAUGAUCAGCUCAAGCGCGCGACAGAAAUGCCAGAAGUGUGGGAAUCAUGGAACGAAGAGGAGAAGCUGGUGGCCAACAUUCUAUUAAAAGAUUUUGCACAGUCUGCAAUUGACCUUCCGGCUGAGCACCGCCAGCAGUUUGUCAAUCUGUCCAACGAGAUUGCGCAACUGGGCCAUACCUUUGUGGACACCAUGGAGCCGCAGCAACCGUUUCUCUCAUUUCCCAGUAGUCGCCUAAAGGGCAUGGAUCCGGUGCUGGUUCGGCAACUUACAAGAUGGGGGACUAGCACUUUGCCCAGCAUUGGGCGACCGGCGACCAUGGCAUUACGGUCAGUGGUGGACGAGAAUACGCGUCAUGACAUUUUCAUGGCGAGCCGGACGGCGUCAGGCGAGACGCUGGGACUACUUGAAGAGAUGCUCAAGAAGCGCGCAGAACUGGCGAAACUCUCUGGAUUUACAAGCUACGCAGAAAUGACACUAGGCGACAAAAUGGCCAAAUCACCAGCCGCGGUGAAUAAUUUUCUGCAAGCGCUGGCAGCGGACAACCUCCCGCGCGUGCAAAAAGAGCUCUCCGACCUACUCAAACUCAAGCAAUCCGACCCAUUUGCCGGCCGGACCCCCGACUCACUAAACCCAUGGGAUCGAGACUUUUACAGCCAGCGCCUGAUUGCGCAGUCUCGCGCCAAGCGGCGCAACCCCGACUUUCUCUCCUCCUACUUUUCCCUUGGAACCGUCAUGCAGGGAAUAUCUCGGCUCUUCAACCGGCUCUACGGCGUGCGGCUGGUCCCGCACGAGACGCUUCCCGGAGAAAUCUGGAACUCGGACGUGCGGCGACUCGACGUGCUCGAUGAAACCGACGGCCACAUUGCCGUCGUCUACUGCGACCUGUUUGAGCGCGCAGGCAAGAACCCGCAUCCUGCGCAUUUCACGCUCCGCUGUUCGCGCCGCAUCUCCGAUGACGAAACCCACGAAGCGCGACAGCUCUGGAACAACACGCUUGACGCUGACGCCGCCUCCGUCGACGGCAUGGCCAGCGCUCGCAACGCCCAAGGCGAACUCUACCAACUUCCCACCAUUGCACUCAUCUGCGACUUUGCGCGCCACCCAUCCUCCUCAUCCUCAUACUCAUCCUCUGGACGACGCGACCCCUCGACAAGCUACAAAGAGCGGCCCCCCGCCCUGCUUACCUUCCGCGAAGUCCAAACGCUUUUCCACGAAAUGGGCCACGCCGUGCACUCCAUGCUCGGCCGCACCGCGCUCCAGAACGUCUCGGGCACACGCUGCGCCACGGAUUUCGCCGAACUCCCCUCUGUCCUCAUGGAGCAUUUCGCCUCUGAUCCAGACGUCCUCGCCCUCUUUGCGCGCCACUGGGAAACCGACUCGCCGUUGCCGUAUCACAUGGUCAAAGACAAGAUCGAUCUCGACCACCGACUCGCCGGAUCCGAGACCGAGGCGCAGAUUAUCCUCGCCAUGCUCGAUCAGGCUUUUCACGGCACCGGUGUAAGCCCUACUGGAAGUGCAAGUGGAAGUGGAAAACAGCUCGACAGCAGCGCAAUCUAUCACUCCGUGCUCGCCGCGAACGCUACCUUGCCUGACCCGCCCGGCACAAGCUGGCAUGGCUUCUACGGCCACUUGUUCAACUACGGCGCCACGUAUUAUGCGUAUCUGUUUGAUAGGGCCAUUGCAGGCAAGAUUUGGAAAGAUGUUUUUGGUGGGAGUGAUAUUGUGGGUGGUAGUACGGGUGCCAACUCCAGUGACAAACGCAUGUCCCCCAUUAGUCGGACCUCUGGCGAACUCUUCAAGUCCCAGGUCCUCCGCUGGGGCGGCGGCCGCGACGGAUGGCAGUGCAUCGCUAGUGCCCUUGCCGGUGCCGGUGCCAGUGGUCGUCCAGGUGGAGAUGCAAUCACGCAAGUAGUAGGAGGAGGUGGUGGUGGUGGUGGUGGUGGUGGUGGUGGAGGAGGAAGAGGAGAAGGACUCGCUCUGGCGCCAGAAAAACUGGCAGAAGGCGGCACUCACGCCAUGGCCGAAGUCGGGCGGUGGGGUGUCAGAGAUUAGUCUUUGUCCUUUGUCCUUCUCUUUUUAUUUUAUUCAUUUUUUAUUUAUUUAUUUUUUGAUUCUCUCCUUGGUCCCAUACAUCCCAUUUCCCCCCCCUUUUCUCUCCUUACUCCUUUCCCUUCUUUCUUUCUCUCCCUCGUCCCAUAGGUCCCCAUUUUCCCCCCCUCGUGUACCUUUUCCUUGCGCUCCUCUCAUCAUCCAUCUACAUUUCUACAUUUCUACGUAUUUAUAUAUUUAUUUAUGUAUAUCUCCCCCGUCGCAUGUAUAUAUAUACCUUAUAUACAUACAUAACUCGAUACAUUUACAUGACGAGAUACUUUGAGUGCAGAGUGC